CCUGACUAUUCCAAUACCUACCGAUAUUCUAAUAAAUAUAUCACAAAAGUUAAAUUAAUGUGAUUGUUAUUGUUUUGUUAUUUUAUAAAACAGUUGCAAUUUCUUUUACAAAAUAAAUAUGAAAAAGAGACAAACUGGAAGACCCAUUGCCUUGGACAGAUUUAUUAGAAAAAGAUCUAUAUCUGAUUUUGAAACUCAUGAAAGUACAAUUGAUGAUGAUCCUUUCGAUAAUGCAGAAUCACAUGAUGAGAGCUUCCAUUAUGUUAACAUAGCCAGAGAAAGGUUUUUUCAUAAUAACUAUCGCAGUAUGUUAAAAAAUAUAAUGCUUUCCAACAAAUCUAUAAUCGGGGAUAAUUUCGGGAAUAACAACGUUCAGUUAAAACUCCAUGAAAUUAUAGAGCACUGGCCAGUUGAGGCCAGAAAAAAACCAUUAUUGCUCAACUCACCAGAAGUAUUUUUGGACUUACCAGAUUUGAACGCACAUUACCUUAAUAAUAUUGUCGAUUGGGGUAACACAGGUUAUAUUGCCACCAUAUUUGAUUCAAAAGUACAUUUGUGGCAUCCGAAUAAAAAAGAUUCGUUGGAAGUGACAACGGAAUUAACUGUGGCAAGAUGCAUAAGAUGGAAUAGGGAUGGAUCCUUGUUUGCCGUAGCUGUAAACAAUAACCAGGUAGAAGUGUUCGAUAUAUUGGGAAACAAAUUUACUUCAAAUAUUGGCAGCUGCGUUUGUUCUGUUCAGCACAAGGACAGGUGCAGAUCUCAGUGUAAUAUCAUCUCAGCAGAAUGGACAAAAUCAAAUAUCUUAUUAACAGGAUGUUCUUAUGGUACAUUGACCAUGUUCAGCGCAAACUUAAAAUGGCUAAAUUUCCGUUUUAUCCCAAAUAGUGCAGCUAUUGUAAAGCUAGCAUUGUCUUGCCAUGAAAACUAUUUGGCUUCAGUGGGAAUCGACCACACUGUGUUUAUUAUGAAUUAUCAUAAUUUUGAUGGUAUUCAAACUUUCCCUUUACCAACCCCAAAGGCUAUAGCUUGGCAUCCUUGGAAAGAUUCCUUACUAGUGCUGGGUCAGAUGGAUUACCUUUUUUUGUGGAAUGUUCAAAGUCAGAAUAUUUCUUGUUCAAUGCCAUUUCCGAACACCUACAUCGAUAGUUUAAUAUUUAAUCCGAUGUCUGCUGAACUGCUGGUAAGUCAACAUUGUUAUGAUGAAGACGGCAAUGAAGGAGUUAGUUACUUGAGAGUUAUGAAGAAUUUGAACUGUAUUGUUGAUGAAGUAAGGUGUAAUAAAUGUAAGAUUCCUUAUUUAAUGUGGGACCCAACAGGAACCAAACUAGGAGCUGCAACCACUGAAGAAAAUUUCUGUAUUUGGGAUUUUUUUGGACGAGGAACUAAACAAGAAAAAAAGUAUAAAGGUAUAAUGCAAAAUGUAGAUGCAAAAGAUAUUUUCAAAACUACGAAUUUUAGAGGUGUUAUUCGAUAAGUUAUUUUAUAUUUUUGAGAUAUGAUGUAUUUUACAAUUUUAAACAAUUUAGUUUUAAACAUGUUUUUGAUGUGAUAUAUUUUAUAAUUUUAAACAACUGAAACAUUAUACAUUGAAUGAAAA